CAAAACAAAAAGGUUUCAACUUUGAUCGAAAAUGGAAAUCUUUGACAAUUGGGUUGCCGAGUUUGUCCUUCGUCGUCAACACAAUCCUAGGGUUUUACCUACUAAACUGAUCUCGGCGCUGCAAUUGGGAGAUUCCUCCGACUGCUUAAAGCUAAAGAUAUCAUCCGUUUUGCGGGAUAUCUCUAAUUCGUUGAUCCGAGGUGCGAUCGACGAGGGAACGCUUGAUCUUCUCGAGGUUCUUGAGAAGCUUCUGUUGCAGCAACACUCGUUACUUAUGGAGUCUCACAAGUCUGCUUAUUGCUGGACGGCUGCUGAAUGCACGCUUAGAUUCAUGUGGCCAUUGAUUGCUUCGGAUGGGUUUUUCACCGAGGCUCUUGAGAGGAUAUGGACGAAGAGGAUUGGGGUUUUAAAGGAGAGAGGAAGCGAUUUGGUGAGUCGUGAUUUGUUGAAGUGGGAGACUGAUUUGAAGAGAGCCCUUGAGGAUCCUGAGCUCUAUCAGCGGAUUCGUGAGAGUAACAUUAGGUACACUGCCAUUACCUUUCUCACUCAGCUUCUCAAAGAGCAGUGGGCAUUACUUGGGAGUUCAUCUCUUGAAUCAGUGGUCCAAAGGAGGUUUCUUAAGCGCAAGGCUGAUAACGUAGAGGAAGAUAUUGUUGACAAAAGAGGGAAUACAAAUGCUGCUGAUGAAAGCACGAGGCGUUUAGAGAGUGAUACUAUUGAUAACGCUAACGAGCCGCGUGGUGAGAGUGGGGACGGGAAUGGGAACAAUAGAGAAAACGAUAAUGAUGUUGAAGGAGUGGGGUGUCUGGUAAAUGAGAAACAUGCUUCAGAGGAGGAGCAGACAGUGGGUGCACAAGAACAGGAAUAUGAGCCAAGUCUUGAUAAGGGAGACGAAACGGCUGCUCGAGAACUGAAGGGUUAUCUGUUAGAGAUUCAAGGACAGAUCGACCCUUCCACUAGGCAAAGGGAAGAACCUAACAAUGCAAUUGAUCACUCGGUAAAUAUCACUCCUCCGCCUACUCGGAUGAAUAGGACUGGAACAAGUGGUCAAGACCAUAACGAAGCACCGCAACAGGAUGAUGUAAAUAAGAAAGGUUCGGAUAGUCAGGGAACAUGGUCUGGCAGAGUUCGGCCUCGUCGACCAACCCCAGUACCUCUGAAUGUAUCUCCAUUGAAGAAGGGCGGAUUGGCGAAAUCCCAUGUCAGAAGGCCAAAGAAAUUCUGGACACCUGAAGAAGUGGAAGCUCUGAGGGAAGGAGUAAAGGAGUAUGGAAACACUCUUUGCCUAGUCCUGUAUGGUAAAUCAUGGAAAGAUAUAAAGAAUGGAAACCCUGCAGUAUUCGCGGAGAGGACAGAGGUGGAUUUGAAGGAUAAAUGGAGGAACUUAGUCGGUGGGUAGAGUUUAUCACAGAACCCUGAACUCCUUGAGGGCUGAAGGAAGUCGCCGCGAACAAAAUAAAAGCAAAUUGUUCAACGGUGAUGUCACGAUCACUCUAUUCUCUACAACUUCUUGUCAAUUUCCCCACUUCUGUUCUGACUUUUCCCCUUUUCUUUGUCGUUUUAUUUUUGUUAACCUCAAUCUUUUUUGGAUUGCUUGUGUCCACCAACUAAUUAUUGGUUCGUUUGAAAAUCUAGCAGUUUCCACAAAACUCCUUCGUCCCUGUAUCACAUUCCCCUGAAAACAUACUUUCUCAACUCUUAUCCUCUUUGCAAUUGUAUUUGUGGCUCACAAAAUAAAUCAAGGCAUCUUUUUUUCUUUUUUUUUUUUUCCUAUUUAGCUUACAUACCCAUGUGUUUAAA